AUGGGUUUCAGAACAACCUCAGUGACAUCCGACGCUGUCAAUGAUAUCGAAGACCUUCGGAAAAAGAUUCACGCAGAGUAUGACCACACGCAACCUCCAGGAACGGACGUUCUCGCCCGCGUUGCGGCAGGUCAAUUGAGAAUCUACGCGAACAGAGCGGCGUAUGACGCCAUGAAGGAGCCUUUGGAAGAGGAUUUGCUGAUCGGUACGCUUGGCGGAUCGAAGAAAAACGCGCUCAUCGUGGAAGUGCCACAGGAGCAUCAAGUGCUGCCAGACGAAAAAAAGGCAGCGAACGGAAGCCGUCGAUCCUCGUCAUUUGAAUGA